UUGGUUAUUGUUCUUUGUCAUUACUCACAUCAUGACAUGACAAGCUCAUUUGUUUACUUGUUUUAUUGUUUCAGAUUCUAAUGCCUAAGGGAAAGAGAAAAAGUGUUCAAUGUAGUCCAGCCCAGAAUGCAGCCUCCUCAGUGGAAACUUCAGAACAAUCCAUGGUCCUUAAAAAGUCAGUUAUCAAAGGGUAUCACGCUUUUCAAAUAAGACCACCAUCAACUACACCCCCAACACGUCUAACUGUAGAGCCUGAAUAUACAAAUAUCCAUGAUACUGAUGCCUGCUUGGUGUGGUUGCCGCCACUUGAGUCAUUCCAAACAUUGUUACAUGAUAGUGUCACUGACAAAAAACGCCAGCUACGGUUGCGAGAUGUAGCAGGACUUCCAAUUGGCCAUGUUCCACAAGGGAUAGCUGUUUUUUUUCGUACCAUUAUGGACAAAGGACAUAUCGAAGCUGAAGUUACCAGUGAGCCCACUCAGAGUUUCCCACCAUGGCCGGCUCCAAGUUCUGAAGGUGGUGGCGUUGUGUUGCCAUGCAACUAUAUUAUAUUUCACCCAGAUAUUGAGAGUAAUUUUCAAAAACUUUCUGUAAUGUUAGAUAAAAUCCCAGAAGGCCCUGCUAUGACACUAUACAAGGAAUAAACAUGUGUAAAUUUUCAACUCUGUAAAAGCCAAUUAAGCCUAACAAUGCUAUCAUUAUUUUUUUCAAAGUCUUGUUAUUUUAAGGCUAUCACUUUAUAUUUUCAAAGCUUAGUUAUUUUUAAUGUCCAUUUUGCACUUUCCAAAAGUUACUUAUUGGUCAUAUUUUUGAAUCAUUUUUAGUUUCCUUUUUUGCUUAGGUUUAGUACAGUUAAAGUUAAUUAGUAUUUUGUAUUAAUUUACUUGCUAUAUCACAAAUGAUUUUAUAUUCAAAGGUAUUUUUAUCAGACGAUAAGCAUCUCAUAUGAUAUAAAUCCAUA